UAUAUAUAAUUUAUCUCAAAGGUUUGUAUAAUCUCCAAGUUGCCAUAACAAAACUUUAUCAUGCAAGCAACACUACAUUAGUCUGCCUGAAUGAAUAGCCAUUCAGUUCUGUCUUUUCUCUGUCAAUGCUAUUAACACUUGUCUCUGCUAUUUAAUUAAGUCAAGGUGUUGAUGGCAGGUUCUCCUUAGAACAGAUUCAUGGAGAGGUCCCAUAAAUCAAACAACUCCAUCCAGUCAGUAUCGAACAGCCAAUCUUAUGUGCAGGAUCUGACUCCAUACACGCUAACAGUAAAUAACUAUGUAAUUAUCCAUGUCCAGUAAAAACCAGGGUCAAUAGAAUAUUACCAGUCUAGCAGUGGUGUUGAUGCCAUCAACUUGUCCCUUCCUGUCAAAGUUGCUGGCUUUGUACUAAAGUUUUAAACCAUUAUUAUCAGCAGCAUCAGUCAUGUACUAAGGGAAUAGUCAAUGAUAAAACAGGUCAGAGACAGAAAGAAAUACAUCUCAAGCAAAAUGUCCCGUAUCUACCUACCAAAAAUUUCUAAAGUGAGUACUCCGGUGUUCCAUCGAUCUUGCACAAAUUAUUCAAAAAUUUUCGGGCCCUAUCCACCAAAAGAACUUACAAAAGUACCGAGUGACAAGAUCAAAAUACCCCCACGAAUAAAUCCUUUGAAACCUUUGACACCAAAGAAACGAAUUAAUAUGCACUGGGAAACUUAUGACCAGCAUUGGCAGAAUGAACACCGAAGUCUGCGUAUGAGACAGAAAGAGCACACUCGAUAUCAUAAUGCUUGGGAGAAACCAUUUUAUGGCCAGCCAGCUGAGAAAGAAGCUUACAGGAAACAUAUUCGAGAUGUCCUAAAAGCACAAAUGGCAGACCGAGAUCGAAUACAGCGGAAGGUUUUUCAAGAAAGAAAAUCAGAGAGUGACAGUGCCAUAGAAUAUGACCAGAAGUGUUGGCAGGAGGAUCUGGAGAAAUCUCGUGAGAAAAUCAGCUACCUUAUUCAGUUUCGGGACCAAAACAAACAGCUGAUGGAACAGAAAUGGAGAAGAGCACGGGACCAGCAAAAUUCUGAAAAGCAACACGAAAGAGACCUUUUGCGUUAUAACCCCAUUAACUGGAGUGGGACGCUUAGCUAAAAAAACAAAAAACAAACAAAAACAUUUUUUUUUACCAACCAGCAGCUCAUUAAUUUACACAUUUUAAUUAGCAGUUUAGUCCUUUAAUUAAU